AGGCUGUUCAGCAGUUUGGGAGUGAUCUUUCAAUGAUACAACAACUUUUUCCUGAAAAGUCACGUCACCAAAUCAAGUUGAAAUAUAAGAAGGAAGAACGUCAACACCCACUGAGACUCUCUGAGGCACUGGCAAAUCGUGCCAAAGAUCAUUCUCAUUUUGAAAGGGUGAUCGAGAUGCUGAAAAAAGUUGAUGGCCAGGCUAAAGAGGAAUCUAAUGAAGAUGAGUCAGCUGGUGUAAUGCAUGAUGAGGAAGACUUGACUCCUGAAACUACUACUGAGGGAGUAGCAAAAUUUAAACCGGAGGAUGUUCCAGUUGAAGGUGGGGAAGCAGAUAACGGAGAUAUUGAUGUUGAUUUAAAGUAUGAAGAAACUGAUGAUGAUAAGGAUGAUGAUAUAUGGAACUCAUAUAGAAGUGAAAUUUAAGCAAGCACAGACAAAAUAGAAUAGAUUCUUAUUUUCUUCUUUUCAGUCUCAUUAUUGAUUCUUAAUGAGGUUAUUUAUUAUUUUCUUCUUUGGCAUCUGAGUUAUUUGCAUCGCUCCAUUUUAUUCAUUUACUGCUUCUGUCAAGUUUCAUCCUCCAGUGGAGAGUGUCUGAGCUUGCUUAAAACUGGGUCGACCGGUUGAAUCAUAAUUUUGGAGGCGGCAGAGCCUUUUUGGGUGGUCUUGACGGAUGUAGAAAUUUGUUUUGUAUUACUCCAAUUUAAUGAGAUAUUUGUAUUAAUAAUAUAGGAGA